AUGCCUGAGCUGGCUACUUCUCCAGUGGUCGUCCAUUUGCGAUGUUCCUUGGAACUGCCAAAGGUCUUUUGGUUUCGCCAACAUAUGACGUCCAACAUAGAAGUCGACUGCAUGGAGCGUUUCCACGAAAUCAAGGAAAUAACUUUAGAUGAAGAUUACGAGCCAAUUUCCGAUAAAAUUGACCAUAUAUGUCAGAAGCUCAGAAACAAAUGGAGGAUCAACCACCAGACAAAGUUGAAAAAGCUAAAAACAAUAUCUCUAUAUUCACAAGAGACAGAAGACUACAAAUUAGGAAAAACCAUCAUAAAUAUAUCGAACAGAACUCUUACUGCCCCGGAAGAAAAAGAAUUGAGACGAGGACUAAACUUUGAUGAGCUAACUAUGAUUCAGAAACUCAUUUUGUGGAUCUACCUUGACCUAUCAGCAUCAGACCAGAAGAUAGAAUGGUUUGACGUGGAAAGUCUUUACACUAAUGUUCCGAUUGGAGAUUCCCUGAAGAUUAUCCAGGAUAAACUGAGCAACGACACGUCACUUCCGUCUCGAACCAAGCUCCCGCUCGGAGGAGUGAUGGAACUUUUGGAGGUCUGCCUACCUAAUUCCUAUUUUCAAGUAAAAGAUAGGUUUUAUGCUCAAGAUAAGGGUCUGCCUAUGGGAUCAUCGCUGUCUCCGGUGGUAGCCAACAUAUAUAUGGAAUGGUUUAAGGAACAGACAAUCAGCACCUCACGACAAAAAGCCAAAGAUGUGGCUGCGAUACAUUUUAAGGCGGAAGUAACACUUCUCACUAAAGAUCUACAGAAGAAUGGCUAUCCUAUAAAACUUAUCCAGAAAACUAUCGAGAGGUCGAUGGCGAAGGAAACCAGAACCAAGUCUGGCAAUACAAUAACAAGUUCUGUUUCCAAAACAAAGCCAGAAUCUACAGCAGACACCAAAAACUACAUCUACCAGACCCCUUGUGAGUGUGGAACUCAUAUAUUGGCAAAAGACCUUUGGCAGUUAGGACCAAGGAACACGCAAAUGGACGACCACUGGAGAAAUACUGACAAUCAACGUGUGAUAAUUCACGUACGCGACGUGAAUGAUGAACCUCCAUAUUUUAUCAACCGACCCCUGCCGAUGCAAGCUGUGGUGCAACUGAACGCUCCCCCCAAUACUCCCAUCUUCACUCUGCAGGCGAGAGAUCCAGAUACCGAUCACAAUAUCCAUUAUUUUAUUGUAAGAGAUCGAACUGGAGGACGGUUUGAGGUAGAUGAAAGGUCCGGUGUAGUUCGUACCAGGGGCACCGAUCUUUUUCAAUUAGAUAUGGAAUACGUUUUGUAUGUUAAAGCUGAAGAUCAAAAUGGCAGGUUAGAUGAUAGAAGAUUCCAAAGCACUCCGGAGGAACGUCUUUCUAUCGUUGGUGGUAAAAGGGCUCCGCAGUUUUAUAUGCAGAGUUACGAGGCGGAAAUUCCGGAAAACCAAAAGAAAGAUUCUGACAUAAUAUCGGUUAAGGCGAAAUCUUUUGCGGACCGUGAAAUCCGAUACACCCUGAAAGCUCAAGGACAAGGUGCGGGCACCUUCAACAUCGGCCCCACAUCUGGAAUAGUAAAACUGGCGAAAGAAUUGGAUUUUGAAGAUUUGAGACAACCGCAUGUUUAUUCUUUGGUGGUAACUGCUACGGAGGAUUCUGGAGGGUUUUCCACAUCAGUUGAGUUAACUAUAAGGGUUACGGACGUGAACGAUAACGCACCCAAGUUUGAACUGCCUGACUAUCAAGCGCAUAAUGUGGAUGAAGAUAUUCCUCCAGGUACAUCUAUCUUAAAAGUAAAAGCCAUGGACUCCGACUCUGGCACCAAUGCCGAAAUCGAAUACCUCGUAUCAGACGAUCACUUCAGUGUUGAUCCAAGCGGCAUAAUUAGCAACAACAAGCAGCUUGAUGCAGAUAACAAUAACGCUUAUUAUGAAUUCGUCGUCACGGCCAAAGAUAAAGGAGAACCACCCAAAACCGGUACCGCCACCGUGAGAGUCUACACUAAAAAUAAAAAUGAUGAGGAGCCAAAGUUCUCUCAACAAGUCUACACGCCCAAUGUAGACGAGAAUGCUGGACCGAACACCUUGGUUACUACUGUGGUUGCUUCUGACAAAGAUGGCGAUAAUGUACGAUUUGGGUUUGUUGGUGGUGGUACAAGUUCUGGUCAAUUUGUAAUCGAAGAAAUCACUGGAGUAAUACGUCUACACUCUAAGCCGAUAUCAUUAGACAGAGAUAAAUAUGAACUGAAUGUGACUGCCAUGGAUGACGGAGCCUGUUGCAUCAAUGGAGAUAUCACCAUUCAUACCAGCACUGCUGUUGUUGUAGUUUUUAUCACAGACGUUAAUGAUAAUAAACCCAUUUUUAAGGACUGUGGUACUUAUUAUCCGAAAGUUGAAGAGGGUGCACCCAACGGAUCACCUGUGAUCAAGGUUCAUGCAACCGACGAGGAUAAAGGAGUAAACGGUCAAGUUAAAUACUCCAUAGUGCAGCAGCCCAACCAAAAAGGCACCAAAUUCACUGUAGAUGAAGAAACUGGAGAAGUGUCCACUAAUAAGGUGUUUGAUCGUGAAGGUGAUGAUGGAAAAUUUGUCUCAGUAACAGUCAAAGCAACCGAUCAAGGGGAGCCAAGUCUGGAGGGCGUGUGUUCCUUUACUGUUGAGAUCACUGAUGUUAAUGAUAAUCCACCUUUGUUUGACAGACAGAAAUAUGUGGAAAAUGUUAAACAAGACGCCAGUAUAGGAACAAACAUUCUGCGUGUAUCGGCGUCUGAUGAGGAUGCAGAUAAUAAUGGGGCUAUCGUUUACACAUUAAAUGCAGGAUCUAAUCCAGCUGAUUUGGAUUAUUUUGAAAUUCAGCCAGAAAGUGGCUGGAUAGUAUUGAGAAAACCGUUGGACCUCUGGAAUUGAGAAUAACCCUACUGUCUUCUAUCGGUUGAUGCCUGGAUCUACUGCCCAAACCAAUAAAUAUCACACCUUUUAUUUGCAACAGAGGCCAGAUAACGGGUUUACUUGGGCCGACAUUAAAGUUAACCAUCCGUUAG